AUGUGUAAACCGAUCUUGUUAGUUUCUGCCUCAAACCAAUAUGAAGCCUGGGCCAACGGCUACAACGAUAAUCCCUUCAACCGCUGGAAAACCAUUUUUCAAAUUGCUGUUUCUAGACAGAUGCCUUCCCGGCGACACUCAAACUCCUCAAUCUUAUAUCUUUCUUCAACCAAACUUGUCAAAUAUGGCCGCACAGUCCACCUCUCUGAAGCCUCAGCUCUACUCUUUUUAGCUUCCUUUGCGCCUGACGUUCCUAUUCCGAAAUUGCAUUGCGCGUUUCGAGAUGAUAAAAAAGGGGUGACUUAUAUUGUAAUGGAAAGGAUUGACGGGCAACCUUUGAGUGAUAGCUGGCAUGAGGCGUCAAGAGACGAGAAGGAUAGAUUAUUGACACAGCUAAGAAACAUUCUUGAGGAGCUGCGUACACUCAUGAAGCCCGCUGGAAAGGGGAUCCCAGAUGGUGCUGUAUGUGCCGCUGAUGGAGGCAAGUUGCAUGACCAUCGGAUAUGGAAUGCUGCUGGGGAGAAAGGGUUGGGCCCCUUCCAGAACGAGGCAGCAUUCAACCUUUUCCUUCGGAACGGAGUCUCGAAUACAGACUUCAUCACAGACCAAGGCAGUCAAACAGAGAUCCAAAGAUUGAUCGAGAUGCAUACAGCUUCAGAGCAAAGGAAUAUGGGCACCGUAUUUACGCAUGGAGAUGUUAGCCUGAGUAACAUUUUGGUCAAGGAGAGAAAAGUAGUAGGAAUUGUGGAUUGGGAUAUGUCUGGCUGGUAUCCACGGUAUUGGGAGUACAGAACAGCGAUUAAUACCCAUUACAUCAAAGGGUGGAGGGAGGAGAUUGGGAAGUUUCUGGAUGAGUGGCCACAAGAAAAAGAGAUGGAUGAUUUAUGGAGAAAGCAUUAUUGUGAUGGGUCUUGA